AUGUUGCCCACCCAGAAAGCUCAUCAGAGCAUUGACAGCAAGAGUUCUUACCAGGAGAGAGCACACAAUCUCUCCCUUAAUGUUAAGAAGAAAAAAUGGCAAACUCUGUGCUCUUCAGAAUGGCCAUCCUUUCAGGUGGGAUGGCCCCCAGAGGGAUCCUUUUAUCCAUCCCUGGUACAAGCGGUAAGAACUGUAGUUUUCCAUCCAGGCCAUGGCCACCCUGACCAACAACCCUAUAUUCUAACCUGGCAAGAUCUCUGUGAAAAUCCACCAGGGUGGGUAAAACCUUUCCUUCCUCCUGCUUCACUUCAGACUGCUCCUCUCUUGCCAGUUAAGUUUCAGUCCUCCUCUUCCAGCCUCUAUCCACCUCUGUCACCUCCGGUUCUCCUGGAAUCUCAAACUGACUUAAUGCAUCUCGACCUAGAGAAACCUCCAUCUCAAUAUGUGCCCACUCCAUCUCCGCCUGCUGUUUCUCCUGCAACCUCUCCUCCUCCUACCUCCCCCGAGCUUGAAUCUUCAGUGGAGGAUGAUUACGGGCCAGCACAGGGAACUCGAGGAGCCCGUAGCAAGCAAGCAAAGAGUCCACAAGAAGUGGCCAGGACACUUCCACUCCAGCCAUAUGGACCGAUGAUUGACAACGGCCACGGAGGAGAAAUGCCAACACUCCAGUAUUGGCCAUUCUCCUCUUCAGAUUUGUAUAACUGGAAAAAUAAUAAUCCCCAUUUUUCCGAGGACCCAUCUAGGUUAAUGGCGCUGCUGGAGUCACUUAUGUACUCUCAUCAGCCCACUUGGGAUGAUUGUCAUCAAUUGUUGGGGACCCUUUUUACCCAGGAAGAGAGAGAAAGAAUCCUCACAGAAGCCAGGAAAUUGGUUCCUGGACCGGGUGGUGUUCCUACUCAGAUGCCAAACCUCAUUCAUGACGCCUUUCCCCUGCGCCGUCCAGACUGGAACCCAAAUACUCUGGAAGGUAGGGAGCAUCUGUCCAUAUAUCGCCAGACUCUUAUGGCGGGUCUCAAGGCAGCUGGGCACCGACCAACCAAUUUGGCUAAGGUAAGAGAGAUUAAUCAGGGGCCUGAUGAAACACCGUCAGCCUUCCUAGAAAGGAUAAUGGAAGCUUAUCACAGGUACACUCCCUUCGAUCCUCAGGAUGUGGGACUGCGAGGGUCAGUUGCUAUGACCUUUAUAACCCAAUUGGCCCUAGAUAUUAGAAGGAAGCUCCAGAGCUUACACGGGUUACAAAACUCUACCUUAAGGGAUUUAGUGAAAGAAGCUGAUAAAGUGUUUUAUAUGAGAGAAACAGAGGAAGAGAAGGAAGCACAAAAGGUGAGAGAAAGAGAGGAAAGGGAAGAAGAAAAAGAAAAGAGGAAUCUAGAGAGGGAGAAAGAAAGGGAUCGAAGACGAAAUAAGGAAUUAACUAAAAUCUUGGCUACUGUAGUACAGGGAAACACAGAUGAGAGAAAAAAGCCACGCCGCCCUUCGUUAAAACCCAACCAGUGUGCCUAUUGUAAGGAGAUUGGGCAUCUCAUCAAGGACUGCCCAAAGAGGCCAAACAGACCUCCUCAAAAGCACCAACCAACAAUGUUGGCCCUGGAAGAAGAUGAUGAUUAGGGGGAACGGGGCUCGGUUCCCCUCCCCGAGCUCAGGGUAACCUUUGAUGUGGAGGGGACUCCAAUUGAUUUCAAAGUAGACAUGGGCACGGUAUUCUCUGCCCUCCAAAAACCACUUGGACACCUGUCCAAUCAAAGAACCUUAGUCCAGGGAGCAAAUGGCAGCAGAUACCGGGCCUGGACUACAAAGAGAACUAUGGACUUAGGAAAAGGAAAAGUACAACAUUCUUUUCUGGUCAUACCUGAAUGCCCAGCUCCCUUAAUGGGAAGGGACUUGUUAACCAAAUUAAGGGCCAGGAUAAACUUUGAGCCUCAGGGGCCCCAGGUAACUUUCCUUAACCCACUGGUGCAUCGUCCUAUGGCAGCUAUGCUAACCAUGGCCACUGAGGAUGAAUACCAACUCUAUAUGCAACCUAAAGACCCAUCCAUCCCUCAGAAUUGGCUAACAGAAUUCCCCGACUCAUGGGCUGAAACUGCCGGAUUAGGACUUGCUAUCUCCCAACCACCUAUAGUCAUAACUUUAAAGGCAUCGGCUACCCCAGUCUGCAUUAAACAAUAUCACAUAAGUAAGAAAGCUCACCUGGCAAUAAAAGGACAUAUCCAAAAAUUUCUCACCCUAGGAAUAUUAAUACCAUGCCGGUCGGCCUGGAAUACUCCUUUGCUGCCAGUCAAAAAGCCUGGAACUGAGGAUUAUAGGCCAGUGCAAGAUCUAUGGGAAGUAAAUAACAGAGUAGAAGACAUACACCCCAUGGUGCCUAAUCCCUACAAUUUACUCAGCACCCUGAACCCUGAAAGAACUCAGUAUACAGUGUUAGACUUAAAGGAUGCCUUCUUUUGUCUGCCUUUACACAAAGAUAGUCAACCCCUGUUUGCUUUUGAGUGGACGGACCAAGAUACGGGAACAACAGGACAGUUGACAUGGACUCGUCUUCCACAGUGGUUCAAAAAUAGCCCUAUCAUCUUUGAUGAAGUCCUCCACAGGGACCUGGCUACCUUCCGGACUCAACACUCAGAGGUAACACUUCUCCAGUAUGUAGAUGAUCUUCUGCUGGCUGCAGACUCUAAGACAAACUGUAUGUAUGGGACACAGGAAAUUUUAGGAGAUCUUGCCCUAUUGGGGUACCGAGCCUCGGCCAAAAAGGCCUAAAUCUGUCAAAAAGAGGUUACCUUCCUGGGAUAUACUCUCAGAGAAGGAAAACGAUGGCUUACAGAGACAAGGAAAAAGACUGUCACCCAAAUCCCUCCACCUAAAAACCAGAGACAGUUAAGGGAAUUCCUGGGGACUGCAGGAUUCUGUCAUGUCUGGAUACCGGGUUUCACUUCUUUGGCCGCCCCUCUCUAUCCUCUCUUGAAAGGGAACAUCACUUUCAUCUGGGGCCCGGAUCAACAACGGGCCUUUGACGAGAUAAAAAGGGCCCUAUUGUCGGCCCCUGCCUUGGCCCUCCCCGAUGUGGACAAGCCUUUCACCCUCUACAUAGAGGAAAGGUGAGGCAUUGCAUGAGGAGUCCUAACUCAGACCUUCGGCCCCUGGAAGCGACCUGUGGCUUACUUGUCAAAGAGGCUAGACUCUGUAGCCAGCAGAUGGCCACAUUGUUUAAAGGCCAUCGCAGCUGCUGCUGUGUUGACCAAAGAUGCAGACAAAUUAACUUUGGGACAAAAGCUAACUAUCUUAGCUCCACAUGCUCUAGAGAGUGUUAUUUGCCAACCUCCAGAUAAGUGGCUUUCCAACGCCAGAAUUACUCACUACCAAAGCCUCCUGUUCAAUAAGGACCGAAUAUCGUUCGGUCCACCCACUACUCUCAACCCAGCCACCCUGCUGCCCAAAGAGACAUCAGAGCCUGUUCUCCACACCUGCCAGGAGAUCCUGGCAGAGGAAACUGGAAUCCGCCGAGAUCUCACUGACCUGUCGCUUCCAGAUGCUGAGGUAACUUGGUACACGGAUGGCAGCAGCUUCCUGCUGAAAGGUAAGAGACAUGCAGGAGCUGAGCUGACCGAUGGGACUUGGGUUAUCUGGUCGUCAGGACUAAGAGAGGGCUCUUCAGCACAGCGGGCAGAACUCAUUGCCCUUACUAUGGCUCUAGAACUGGCUGAGGGAAAAAGAGCAAAUGUCUAUACCGACAGCCGCUACGCUUUCGCCACAGCACACGUUCAUGGAACUAUCUAUCAACAAAGAGGGCUCCUUACCUCAGCAGGAAAAGAAAUUAAAAAUAAACAAGAGAUACUCAGGCUCUUAUCAGCUAUCAUGUUGCCACAAAAGCUGGUUAUAGUGCAUUGCAACAGCCAUCAGAAGGGCUCUAGCCCCAUUGUAAAGGGAAACAACCAUGCUGAUAAAGCUGCUAGGCAAGCAGCCCUAGAUACUCCUACUGUCCUAACCCUAGAAACUGCCAAAUCGCCCGAACUGCCUGCACCGCCCCAUCUAAUGAAGGAACCAGAGCUCCAAUCUUACUUCCAACAGGUUCAUAAGUUAACUCAUUUGGGCAUCAAAAGGCUUUGCCUCCUGGCCCAACAUCAAAACACCAGCGAGCUCCCGCUAUCCAAAAUCUAUAAACUGGCCAAGCAAAUUAUUGAUGAUUGUAAAACUUGUCAGCUUAUUAACUCACACCCCUCUAAAUCUGUAAGAGGAACAAGACUAUGAGGAGAGAGGCCCAGACAAUAUUGGAAAAUAGAUUUCACUGAAGUAAAACCCGCUAAAUAUGGACUCAAAUAUUUACUAGUUUUUAUAGACACUUUUUCAGGAUGGAUGGAGGCCUUUCCCACCAAGCGGGAAACAGCACAAACAGUGGUCAAAAUUAAUGGAAGAAAUUUUUCCUCGAUUUGGCAUGCCAAAGGUAAUAGGGUCAGACAAUGGGCCGGCAUUUGUGGCACAGAGAUCGAUUCUUGGGGCACUUCCAUCAUGGCGACUCGACCCUUAUACCAGGAUGACUUCGGCUCUCAAAUUCUACAUAAAAACCCAAUAAUUGAUACAUCACCAGCAUGUCAGUCUCCCCAGAAAUCAUUUCAUGGAAAACGCUUCCAGGGAGAACCACAUAGAGAACAAAAUGAG